UUUCCUUCCAGAGGGUUAAUCCAUUUGCAUGACAAUGGCGUGGUUCACGCAGACCUCAAGCCACCUAACAUCAUGUGGAGUGCGCAGGUGUCUGGCUUCAAGCUCAUCGACUUUGGUGUGAGUUUCACAACGAAAGAGAAAUUCACGCAUGCUGUUCAAAGUAAAGGGUACCAAGCACCGGAGAGCAUCUACUGGAAUAAAAAGAGAACAGAGAUCAGCAGUUCUGACACACCGGCUGUGGUCAGGCCAGGAAUUCCAUCGGAUGUCUGGAGUGCAGGAUGCAUCGUUGCAGAGGCUAUUGUUGGCUGCCAGUUGUUCCCUAGUUUUUGUGAGACUAAUGUCAAUAAGGCAGUGAAAGCGGCACUUGCCAGCAGUGCAGCCAACUAUUCACCGCAGUUCUUGGAUGGAGCAUAUGACUUUAUAACUAGAUGUUUACAAAUCUCGCCGGAGGACCGUGCCAGCCCACGAGAGCUCUUGAGUAGCCCCUGGCUAGCCCAGGCCUACCGUCCUACUUUCCAUGAUUUGUCACUACUUCGGACCACUGUGUUGCGUGUUCUCAAUGUGUCCGAUGCCCACCAGCUGGAGGGCAUUCCUGAAGGUAAAGUUGUGGAGAAUUAUUUCUUGCAGUUGUGCAAGAAGCAUGGUGAUGUCAUCGACUACCACCUGGAAGUGUCACUUGGGGCUUUCUUUGUGCAGUAUCACCAGGCUUCAGAUGCAGAGGAAGCGUACUAUAUCCUCUCAAAGACAAUCUUCAAUGACAGAACACUAAUUGUAACAUUUUUCGACCUCGACUUGUGGCAACAAAGAGAGUUGUAUUGAGCCCUGGAAGUUCUCAAAGCGUUCAUAUUUGCCAGGCGUUGAUAUAAAAGGUGAGAGUCAGGUUUUGCGUAUGAGCAUUCAGAUAAGGGCGUAUGGUAGUUAUCUCACUCAUGUAUAGUAUUUAGUCCACGGCAGUUUCCUUGAUGGUAGAGUUAGUAAUAGUUGUUUCAGAAAAUAUUAUUUGUUCCCUCCACCCCACUUCAAAAAAAAUAAACCUGUAGAAGAGAUAGUAGAUAGUAUAUCAGUAAAUAAGUAGAUAAACAUAUAGGAUAUGAAACGACAUCUCUUCCAUUAGAUUUGCUAAUUUAAGAAAGAGAAAUGGGACUGGAGUUAUUCCAACUUCCAAAGAGAAUUGUGCUGUGAAAGUAAUUUAUCUUCCCACACAUAAUGUGUAUUUACAAUAUGAUGUUGAGUGAUUUUAUUUUGAUGCAAAAAAAAAUCAACGAAAGUUUUUUUUUAACUGAUCGUUUGUAGGCAUUUUAUGAACGUACAUUAUUAAUCAUUUUACAACCUUUGUGAAGUGCUCAAAGUUUAUUCUUGUGUUUAGUCUUCAUUUUUUUCAAAGUUUCAGUUUCUCCUAAGCCAUAUAUUUUCCGAUGUUUUUAAGAUCUGUUGGUCAGGCGAUUGUACAAAUUAUAUAUAUUUUUUCUCUCUUUUUUUGUGUAUGUCAGU